AUGGCUGACGGUAUCAAUGGAACUAUUCUUGGUCAUGUGCCAAUCGAUAUACUUGCCGUUCAACCAGGCAGGUAUAUCGAUUGGCACAUGACCAAGAAUAGUUCCAUUGAUACCGUCAGCCAUCUGAAGUGUAAAGUUUUGUA